CCCCUCCCAUCCAUCAUAUUUAAGCCCCAUUGCCCCCUUUGUGGUCUCAGUUCCUCCACCUGAUCCUCACUUCCUUACACACUGGGAUGGACUGCAGCACUUACGAGCUGGACACCCUGGAGGUCCCUCCUCUCACCCCGACCAGUAAGGAGGUCCUUAGUCAGGCGGUGAAGGCCAGUUUUGCUGGAUUUGCCCAGGAGAGAAUCAACCAUGUGUUCCCACAAGAUCCGACCUUGUGGUCUGAGUGGGAGGUGAACUACUGGCUGGACUGGUGCCAGGCUGAGUUUGGGCUCCACUGCCUGGGUUCAGACCUGAGAGGCCUGCAGGGUAGUGAGCUGUGUGGCCUGGAGAGAGAGGCUUUCCUGGGCCUGAUGUCAGACUGCAUCGCUGGAGAAAUCCUGUGGGAGCAUCUUGAGACCAUGAGGAGAGAGAAUGAAUAUGACUGCAGCUCUUCAUUACCCACAUGUACAAUACCAUCUUACUGCCAGCUUCAAAUCAACAGAGAAAACUACCCAGACUAUGUUGAGGAGCAUCCCGACAAAUAUCAUCACGUUCAGUAUCAUCCCACUGAGAGGACAGAGCUCCACACUCUGCACCCUGUCCAACAUCAAGACUACUAUCUCAUCAAGACAGAAGAUCCCAGCAGGAACAUGACCACCGCUGUUCUGCUGCAAGAAACUGGAGAUCCCUCCAUCCUUAUCAACCUCUUGUGUUACACCUGUUGUGUACUUGCAGAGACAGACUCAGAAGUGGAGAUUUCUCACAGUGACGACUCCGACAUUGCGGGCUCUCUAUCGUGGACCGCUCCGCUUCAGGACAUAGAGCCAGUGACGAAAGAGUCUGAAGAUGUCUUUACUUUACCACACCCACACAGGAGCUUCAAAGAAUAUGUAGGCAACAAAACUGGUCUGGGCCAGGCUGUGAUACCAGCAGCUAUCCUUGCUGGUUACACUGGAAGUGGCCCCAUUCAGCUAUGGCAGUUCCUGCUAGAGCUUCUCACAGACCGCAGCUGUCAGUCAUGCAUAAGCUGGACAGGAGAUGGGUGGGAGUUCAAGCUGACAGACCCUGAUGAGGUGGCCCUGCUGUGGGGUAAGAGGAAGAACAAACCUAAGAUGAACUAUGAGAAGUUGAGUCGCGGACUACGAUACUACUAUGACAAGAACAUAAUCCGCAAAACAGCUGGAAAACGCUACGUCUAUCGUUUUGUCUGCAACCUGCAAGGCCUGCUGGGAUAUGAGCCUGGGGAGCUGCACGCCAUGUUGGAUAUCAGAAACAAGAACCACUGAUGACCUCAACAAACACUGGCAACGAGGAGCAAAGAGACUUUUUUUUUUAUACAGGACACUUUCUCUGAGGGUGAUACACAGUGUACAUGAUAUGUAUUAAAUUACCUUGACUGUUGUUGUUGAAUGUCAAACAAUAAAACU